ACAGCAAAAACAAGUGACUUAGUUUAAAAAGUUAAGCUUGAAUUUUUUUUCUUUGAAUUUGGUAAUUAUUUUUUAAUUAAAUAGUUGGUAAUAAUAGGUAAAGAAAAAAAAUCAAGAAAAAAGAAAAAGGAGUUGGUUGGGUACAAGUUAGGAGGUUUAGUUUGGGUCCAUUGCAGACACAGGGAAAUGUUACAUCGUAACAGUUUGACAAUAGAACUUGUACUAUUUUUUUUUUUAAUGUCCAAAUUUCAACAUGUAAAAACCGGAAGAUGAUACAGAUUUGAGCAUCAGACUGAGGUGGGGUCGAUUGUUUUGUUAUUUUUAAAAGGAUUUCUCUCUCUUCUUCUAUUUGUCAUGUUCCUUCAUGUAGGUGGGUGGUUUUAUGUAUGUAUUCCCUCAAAAAACGUGGCUGGCUUUGCCUAGAAACAUGUCUUCUAACUCAAAAACUCUCUCUUUCUUCUUCUUUCAUGUGAAGAAUUGAUCAUUUCUCAUCUCUCUCUCCAUCUUUUUCUCACCCUAAGAAAGGAAGGAAAAAGAUAACAAACAAAAUAUAAAACUUUUUUUUCUGUCUGGAAGAUGAAUGGUCUUUUACAUCUUGAACCAGAUUGCUCUGAGUUUGUUGAAGUUGAUCCAACUGGAAGAUAUGGCAGAUACAAUGAAAUCCUUGGAAAAGGAGCUUCAAAGAUAGUUUAUAGAGCAUUUGACGAGUAUGAAGGAAUUGAAGUUGCUUGGAAUCAAGUCAAACUCUAUGAUUUUUUGCAAAGCCCUGAAGAUCUUGAAAGGCUUUACUGUGAGAUUCAUCUCCUUAAGACAUUGAAGCACAAGAAUAUUAUGAAGUUUUAUACUUCUUGGGUUGAUACUGCGAAUAGGAACAUUAACUUUGUCACUGAAAUGUUCACUUCUGGAACUUUAAGACAGUAUAGGCUAAAGCAUAAGAGAGUCAACAUCAGAGCAGUGAAGCAUUGGUGUAGGCAGAUCUUGAGAGGACUUCUCUAUCUCCAUAGCCAUGAUCCCCCAGUAAUUCAUAGAGAUCUUAAGUGUGACAACAUUUUUGUUAAUGGAAACCAAGGAGAAGUGAAAAUUGGCGAUCUCGGCCUCGCUGCAAUCCUCCGGAAAUCUCAUGCUGCUCACUGUGUUGGAACACCAGAGUUUAUGGCUCCAGAGGUGUAUGAAGAAGCCUACAAUGAACUAGUUGACAUUUAUUCAUUUGGAAUGUGCAUUUUAGAAAUGGUUACUUUUGAAUAUCCAUAUAGUGAGUGCACUCAUCCUGCUCAAAUCUAUAAGAAAGUGGUCUCCGGUAGAAAACCAGAUGCUUUGUAUAAAGUGAAUGAUCCAGAAGUCCGACAAUUUGUUGAGAAAUGCUUGGCAACUGUGUCUUUGAGGCUCUCUGCAAGAGAGUUGUUAAAUGAUCCUUUUCUCCAGAUUGAUGAUUGUGAAUCUGAUUUGAGACCACUAGAAUAUGGGAAAGGACUCAUUAGGCAACCGUAUCUCGAACUUCAUCACAGUAGUAAUUCUUAUAGUAAUCGAUACUCAAAUGGUUAUGGUUACGAGACCCCAAAAGAUUGGGGUUAUCAUCCUGCUGAGAUUGAAUCUAGUGGAAUUGAGCUUUUUGAACAUCAGGAGGAUGAACAUGCUGCAAAUCUUGACAUAAGCAUCAAGGGGAAGAGGAGAGAUGAUGGUGGUAUCUUUUUGAGACUCCGGAUCGCAGAUAAAGAAGGUCGUAUCAGAAACAUAUAUUUCCCAUUCGACGUUGAAACUGAUACAGCAUCGAGUGUUGCUACUGAAAUGGUUGCAGAAUUGGAUAUCACUGACCAAGAUGUGACUAAAAUAGCAGAUAUGAUUGAUGGGGAAAUUGCUUCCUUAGUGCCGGAAUGGAGGCCAGGGCCAGGAAUUGAGGAAACACCCCGCUUUGCGAAUCAAAACUUUUGUCACAAUUGUGCUUCCAACCGUACAUCUACUGGUUCCCUCUUGGAUUUUUGGACACAUAAUGGAGGUGUCGAAGACUUGCAACUUCUUCAGUGUUGUAGAAAUGGAUGUGCUUCAAUGCAUGGCCGGUUUGAAGAGAUUACUUUUCAGGUUGAGGAAUCUGAGCAUUGUGUGACAGAUGGUGCACCAAAUGAAUCAAGCCAAUCCAACAAUUUGCAUUACCAGGAGAUAUGGGAUCAGCAUGGCAGCCGCGAACUUAGUCCAGUGGGCUCUAAACAGAGCCAUUCAGAUGAAGAGUAUGAAAAACCAGAUCAAUCCUUCUCGGAAAAGGAUGAGAAAGAAGUGAGAACAGAAAAUAAAAUUGCAUCUAGUGCAAGAAAUCCAAUCCAGUGUUUGACACGUUCUCGUUCUUUCUCCUCAGUUCAUUCAUUAUAUUGUGAUCUCUCAGACAAUUACGAGAAUGAAGUCCAACAGGAACUGAGAUGGCUCAAGGCUAGUGCCAGAGAACUUAGAGAUCAACAAUCAGGACCUGUAUCAGACUCUUCAGAUUUCAGUAACAAAAACAAGAAAAGAAGUGAUGAGUUUUCAUUUUUACUAACUUCUAGCACAUUACCAAGAGACCUUGGCUAUGAACUUAAACCUUCUGCCCAUGACAGGCAUGUUAGCUCAGAUUUCCAUGACUACAGCAAGAAGAGCUGCCCCGAUUCGGCCCGGUGUUUUGAGGUGAUGGAAUCUCCAAGAAAGGAAAACAUGGACACUCCUCAAGAGUUUCUUUUGAGCAUUCUGUACACUUAUAGAGGCUGUACAAUAUGAAAUCCACCCUUUUUUGGUUAAGCAAUGUCUCUUUCACCUUCAGUAUGAGCCACCCCUUUCCUUAUCCUAUUUUAGAACUUAGUAAAAGAGUGACUUUGAAAAAGAUAUUCAUAAUCAUCGUUUAUCCAACCAUCAUCACCAUUGGCAUGUACAAGAUUUUAAACAAAGAUGAUAAAUAUAAGUUAUUUUUUCAC